UACUGUUUUUGGAAAAAAGGUCAAAGCAAAGAAGUCUCCCUGAUAGUGACGUCACACCUCUCUGGUAUUCUUUUCCCGGAGAUCAUCUGCUUUCUGUUCAUCCGUUUCAUAAGAGCAACAAGAGGACUACGAGUAUCAGCCGAAGAUUUAUUUGCUCGGUGGCGGCAAAAUCGCUACCGAAGAAUCGAAUAUGGAUUCACUAAAAGAGAUCUUUCUAAAGGAUUACAAGCAACCUGAUUACUUCUUCGACACGGUGGACUUGAAGUUUACAUUGAGCGAGGAAAAAACAAUUGUUUUUUCCAAGAUUGUCGUCUAUCCUCGACUUGAAGGUUGUUCUGCACCACUUGUUUUGGAUGGGAUAGAUUUGAAACUGAUUUCAUUAAAGGUCAACGGCGACGAGUUGAAGGUGGAUGAUUUUCAUCACGACGCACGCCACCUCACUUUAUCCGCACCUCCAAGUGGUAAAUUUACGUUGGAAACCGUCACCGAAAUUUCCCCACAGACAAACACGUCUUUAGAGGGGCUUUACAAGUCAUCGGGGAACUUCUGCACACAAUGUGAAGCACAGGGUUUUCGUAAAAUCACGUUCUUUCAGGAUCGACCUGAUAUAAUGGCGAAAUACACUUGUCGUAUCGAAGCCGACAAAUCAUUGUACCCCGUUUUAUUGUCUAACGGGAAUCUCAUAGAGCAAGGAGAAAUCGAGGGGGGCAAGCAUUUUGCUGUAUGGGAGGAUCCUUUUGUGAAACCGUGCUAUCUUUUUGCAUUAGUUGCCGGAAAGUUGGAGAGUAGAGACGAUACUUUCAUAACUCGUUCGGGUCGAAAGGUCUUGCUUAGAAUUUGGACACCUGUCGAAGAUUUGCCAAAGACGGCCCACGCCAUGUAUUCUUUGAAAGCUGCUAUGAAAUGGGACGAAGAUGUUUUUGGACUCGAAUACGACCUGGAUCUCUUCAACAUUGUAGCCGUUUCGGAUUUUAACAUGGGUGCAAUGGAAAAUAAGAGUUUAAAUAUAUUUAAUUCUGAAGUUGUGUUGGCAUCGCCUGAAACUGCAACUGAUGCAGAUUACGCCACGAUUUUGGGUGUGAUUGGCCAUGAGUAUUUUCACAACUGGACAGGAAACAGAGUGACGUGUCGGGAUUGGUUCCAGCUUAGCUUAAAGGAAGGCCUCACUGUUUUUCGGGAUCAGGAGUUUUCAUCUGAUAUGGGAAGCCGUACAGUGAAACGGAUAGCUGAUGUUACAGGAGUCCGAACAUAUCAGUUUCCCGAGGAUAUGGGCCCCAUGGCGCAUCCCGUUCGACCUCACUCUUAUAUAAAGAUGGAUAACUUCUAUACAGCAACGGUGUAUGAAAAGGGAGCCGAAGUGGUGAGGAUGUACAAAACAUUAUUAGGUGCUCCCGGGUUUAGGAAGGGCAUGGAUUUAUAUUUUAAGAGGCACGACGGUCAAGCUGUGACGUGCGAAGACUUCUACUCUGCCAUGAGAGAUGCAAACGAUGCCGAUUUCUUCAAUUUCUUGUUAUGGUACUCGCAAGCUGGAACACCUUGUCUGAAGGUUGUUACCGCAUACGAUGCACAAGCCAAGUCGUAUUCUCUCAAAUUUAGUCAAGUGGUCCCACCGACCCCAGGACAGCCUGUCAAAGAGCCGAUGUUUAUUCCUGUAGCUGUCGGUCUUGUUGGCCCCAACGGAAAGGAUAUUCCUUUAUCCUCCGUUUACCAUGACGGAAAAUUGGAGACUAUUACGAAAGAUGGUCAACCGGUCAACACUACCGUUCUCAGAGUCACAAAGAAAGAAGAAGAAUUUGUGUUUAGUGAUAUACGAGAAUGUCCAGUGCCGUCGAUAUUAAGGGGCUACAGUGCUCCGAUUCGAUUGGAUUCCGAUCUAACCGACGCUGAUCUUUAUUUCCUCCUUGCUAAUGAUUCUGAUGAAUUCAAUCGUUGGGAGGCUGGGCAGGUAUUGGCAAGAAAAUUGAUGCUAAGUUUAGUAUCGGAUUUUCAGAAAAACGAGAAGUUGGUUCUCAACCCACAGUUCUUGCUUGGAGUCAAAAGUAUACUUUGUGACUCGAGCUUGGAUAAGGAAUUCGUUGCAAAGGCAAUAACUCUGCCCGGUGAAGGAGAAAUCAUGGACAUUAUGGAAAUUGCGGAUCCCGAUGCAGUUCAUGCAGUUAGAACUUUCAUCAGAAAACAGCUUGCAACCGAAUUAAGAGACGAGUUUCUUAACACGGUGAAAAACAACAGGAGCUCCGAGCAAUACGAGUUCAAUCACACAAAUAUGGCGAGGCGUGCUCUAAAAAAUAUUGCCCUCGCAUACCUUGGCUCACUUGAAGAUGAAGAAAUAACCGAGCUUGCGUUGCAUGAAUAUAAAACUGCUACAAAUAUGACCGAUCAAUUUGCUUCUUUGGCAGCGCUCGAUCAGAACCCUGGUAAAACACGAGACGAGGUUUUAGCAGAUUUUUACGACAAGUGGCAGCAUGAUUUCUUGGUCGUAAAUAAGUGGUUAUCCCUCCAAGCUAGUUCGAACAUACCUGGGAAUAUCGAGAAUGUUCGUAAACUGCUUAACCAUCCCGCCUUUGACAUACGUAAUCCAAAUAAGGUGUACUCGCUGAUUGGAGGAUUCUGUGGAUCUCGGGUCAACCUGCAUGCGAAAGACGGGUCGGGUUACAAAUUUAUGGGCGAAAUGGUUUUGCAGCUUGACAAGCUGAAUCCUCAGGUUGCCUCAAGUAUGGUAACAGUGUUCUCGAGGUGGAAGCGAUACGAUGAAACCCGGCAAAAUCUUGCAAAGGCGCAGCUGGAAAUGAUUAUGGCUGAAAAUGGGCUGUCCGAAAACGUGUUCGAGAUUGUAUCGAAGAGUUUGGCUGUUUCGAGUCUUGCACAAAUGUAAAUAUGGUCAACUCAUAUCUAAUUAAAAUCAUUGUCUUUUGAUUAUUUGAUCAAAAUUAGAUUUUUCCUAUGUUCUUGGUUAGGAAAAAUUGAAGCUGGUGGAAGAUAUGUGUAUCUUUAUUUAGACAAGAAAAGUCAUAAUUAGCAGCAUCCUAAAGUUAGGUUCUAAUGCUUGUCUAUACAACACAAUUUUUUCUCAGAAGUUUCUAUAGAAAUUAUUAUUUUAUUUA